AUGGCAUGUUCGGAAGUAAACGAAAUAAUUGAUAAGUUUAAUACUUUAACACAAAAACCUGUAAAAUUCUUGACCGUUCAAGAGGACUUGAAAGAGGAUAUCAAAAACUUGGUAAAAUCGCUUUACGAUUACACCAAAUUACAGGAAAAUGGUGGGAAAAAGGAGAAAAAGAGUGCUUUGUCAGAGUUGAUUGUCAAAGACUUCGAUGAGGAGCAGAUUUGGCAACAAAUUGAGCUUCAAAAUACUGAAUGUUGGGACCAACUUGUAUGGGACGUUGCCAACUGUAUGUCUUCAAAAGACGCUUUGAAAUUCCCUAUAGAGACCCCGACUCGUGUAGAAAACGAGGUGGAAAACGCAAGCAUGACUUCUGAUGACCAGGAACAGUCAGGUGAUGAAAAUUAUAAGGAAAUGGAAAUAAAAAAGAAAGUCGCUAGAAAACAGAAGGUAAAGGUUAAGUCAUCAAUAGUCGAUGAUAAGUUCUUCAAAUUACAAGAAAUGGAGAAAUUUCUGCUUAAAGAAGAGAAAAAUGAAGGAAAAGCAGGAUCAGAUAGUGAAGAAGAAUCUAUUGAUAUGUUUGAAGAUAUGGAUAGUGAAGGAAGUGAAGAAGAUGAAGAUGGUAAAGAGAUGAUGUAUAAUGACUUCUUCAAUGAUGGAGAAGGUGAUUUUUAUGCAGGAGAUGACAAUAAUGAAAAAGGUGCCAUUAUUAAUGAUGAAGACAAAGAAAUGGAAAAUGAAAGAUCAGAUUGCGGAAGUGUAGAUAACCCAGUGAAAGAACAGCCUAAAAAGCCACAAAAGAAAGUGAAAUUUGCAGAUUUAAGUUCUGACGUUGAUUCUUCAGAAGAAUCUGAAGGUGAUGAUGAAACUUCAAAUAUGAAAUUGAAUGGUAACAAUAUGGAAGAAAAGAAAUCAGACUUUGAACUUCGUCAACAGAGACUGCAGCAACAAAUAUCCAGAUUAGAAGAAAAAACAUUGAAGGAAUCUCCAUGGCAGUUGAAAGGUGAAAUUGAUGCAUCAAAACGUCCACAGAACUCCCUAUUAGAAGAAGUGGUUGAUUUUGAUUUAACCAGUCGACCGGCUCCUAUAAUAACUGAAGAAACAACAUUAACUUUGGAAGAUAUUAUUAAACGUAGAAUUAAAGAUAAGGCUUGGGACGAUGUGGUAAAAAAGGAUAAGCCUGUUAAUGAUCAGUUGAAUUUCCGUAAAACAGAGGUCUUAGACCAUGCCAAAAGUAAGCAAAGCUUAGCUCAAGUGUAUGAGGCGGAAUACUUAAAACAAAAGGCAGCGUUAUCUGGAGAACAGGAAGAGGAAAGAGAAUCGGAAACUCAUACAGAAAUACGUAAUGCCAUGUCUAAAUUAUUUGCAAAACUUGAUGCAUUAUGUCAUUAUCAUUAUACACCAAAAGCACCGCAAGCCGAGGUUAAAAUUGUCAGUAAUACACCUGCGAUUUCUAUGGAAGAAGUUGCACCAGUUGCGACUAGUGAUGCAACAUUACUUGCUCCUGAAGAGGUAAAGAAGAAACGUAGAGGAGACUUGAUGAGUAAACAAGAAAGAACACAGGCAGAUAAAAACAGAGAGCGUAGAAAAAAGAAGAAAUUGCAACGUAAAAAGGGCCAGGUUAUGAAAGUGACUGAAAACAGAAAUACCAAAAAGGGAGUAGAAACAACUGAUAAAUCGUUGAAAACUUCAAAAGCAUUCUUUCAACAAUUGAAUGAUAAUGCAACUAGUAUAAUUAAGAAUAGCAAAAAUAAGCGUAAUGUUAAGAAUAAAAGCCAAUAA